UCGUCAAGUCUCUCUCCCUUUUUCGCUCGCUCCGUCACGCUUCCACGACCAGCCCCCUCCCCUCGAGCACCCCCUUCCCUCACGCCCCCUACCGCUCCGCAUCGCUUGCCACGGCGCCAGAGCAGUCAGACUGCGUGCGGGAGUCAAGCGUGCGGUGGAGUGAAAGUGCAGAAAGAGUGAGACAGCGAGAGGAGCCACGGAGCGAUCGAGAUGGAGGAAAGCUUUGACACGGAGGGCAGCUUUGACGAUGCCUUGUGUUUGUCUUCCCAGAGCCCAGGGUCCCCCUCCCCAGCCAGGAGGCAGACUAAGGAGCAGGAGAUCAAGGAGACCAAAAUUACGAUCAACUGCGUGACUUUCCCUGUGUCCACGUCAACACCAGAGCAGCAGCUACUCAAGCCCAAUGAAUGGAGCUACUGCGACUAUUUUUGGGCCGAUAAGAGGGACCCUCAGGGGGCCACAAUGCCAGGGUUCGAAGUGCUACUGCAGAAACAGCUGAAAGGGAAACAUAUGCAGAAAGAGAUGGCCGAGUUCAUCCGAGAAAGGAUAAAAAUCGAGGAGGAAUAUGCCAAGAAUCUCUCCAAACUCUCUCAGUCCCCACUGGCAGCACAAGAGGAAGGGACUCUGGGAGAUGCUUGGGCCCAACUUAAGAAGAGUCUCGCUGAUGAAGCCGAGGUCCAUCUCAAAUUUUCUUCGAAGCUCCAAAGUGAAGUGGAGAAGCCAUUACUGACCUUCAGAGGAGACAACUUUAAAAAGGACAUGAAAAAAUACGACCAUCACAUCUCAGAUCUGAGGAAACAACUGGUCAGUCGCUAUGCUGCGGUAGAGAAGGCACGGAGGGCUCUGGUGGACAGACAGAAGGAUCUGGAGGUGAAGACACAGCAGCUUGAGAUCAAACUGAGCAACAAGACUGAGGAGGACAUAAAAAAGGCCAGACGGAAAUCCACACAAGCAGGUGAUGAUCUGAUGCGCUGUGUUGACCUCUACAAUCAGGCUCAGUCUAAAUGGUUUGAAGAGAUGGUCACCUCAAGCUUGGAGUUGGAGAGAUUGGAGGUGGAGCGGGUGGAGAUGAUACAGCAGCACCUGCGACAGUACACAACACUUCGUCACGAGACAGACAUGUUCAACCAAAGUACGUUGGAGCCGGUGGACAAGCUUCUGCAGAGUGUGGACCCAGGCAAAGACAGAGAGAUGUGGGUGAGAGAACACAAGACAGGUGAACUGAGACCUGUGGACAUGGACAUCUAGAUCAAAGCACACACACAUCAUAUACAGUAUGAAUCUACGACGCCUGUCUACCUGAGUACUUCAACCUCAGCCAAAGCCCUACAGGUAUCUCCCACUUGAAGCACUGCUCGUUUUAGGGAUCUCCGCUGGUCGAAAACAGUGGAAGAUUGCAAAAUCACAGCUUUACAGAAGAGUUUCUCAAUGUGACGGUGAACAGGUGAUAGGACAGCAGCACAGCAGAACAUCUGAAUGCAUUAUAAAUAUUGACCAGCCGUCCUUGUGCUGUGUUUUUAUAUAUAAUACUGCAUGUCCUUUCACAGAUAUAUAUAUACGGUAUAUAGUGUAUUACUUUUAAAUGCUAUUUAAGACAUACCUGUAUGUCUCUGACAUUUACACGAUGAAAAUAGUUAAUGCUUCAAGGAUAAACAUCAGAACAAGAGCUGUACAGUGAAACAUUCGCUGCAGUGGAUGCUUGUAAAACAAAAAUCAUCGCAUUUUUCUUUUAGCUUUGUCUGUGUUAAAGUGAAAUUGUGUAUGCACAACUAAACUCAAUGGCUGGUGGCAGAUAAAGUAGGUAUCAAGGCACACAUACGAUUGUUUCUCCAGAAACUAGUUCACUAGUUAAAAAAGAGUAAUCCUCGGCAGAAAUCUAAGCAGAAAUCAGCAUCAAAGUUAUUAUAAAAAUAGAUGAAUCCUACUGUCACUAAAUGGCAUGUUGUUGAAUCUGUGUUGUAAUGAGACUUGUUUUGCCAUGAAGAAUGCAAUGAAAAGAUUUUAAUGCUAUUUUCACAAGCUACACGCAAACUGCUGUCAAAUCUGCAGCCUUCCUGAGCGAGAUCUGCAUUAUCAGCACAAUGCAUUAUAAGGAUGGAAUUGAUAUAUUUUCAUAUUUUUGCAGAAAAGCAUGUUUUGUCUAAAUGUAGGACUAGUUCUGUAUAUGGUUAAUGGAAAAUUAGAUGUGUUGUUAGAGUGAUACUGGUUAAUCCAUUGAUUGUGUUCAUAGAAAGACAUGACUUCAACAACCCAUGACUUGCUAGCAAAGUCAUAUCAUUUUUCCAAGAUGAGGCCAAGAAGUGAAGUCAGAAUUAUUUGCGUGGUGUAUAAAUUCCAUCUAUAGGCUAUGUUAACUAAAAAUGACUGUAAAGAUUUCUUAGGGGUGAAAUUAUAUACUUCGGAUGUAGAAUCCAGGUGUCAAUCAAAGCUUUUGAUUUGUGUUACACCUUUAAGUGCCUAUAGGUAAACUUGCCUUGGAAUGUUCACAAUCUAUUAUGUUAAGUGUUUGUAAACGUUGUAGAAAUGUGUGUGCGUUUUUUGUCUGUAAUUGUUGUCGAGCACAUCUUUCAGCAUUCUCACUGCUCUGCAGUCUUUGUCAUGGGGUGUUUAAAUGAAAUCUUUGAUGCACAUUAAGAGAUGCGUAACUUUUAGUUGAUAAAUAUUACAGUUUUAUAUUGAAUGCACAAUGUCAUAGGCAGCUGACUAUCACUGGCAGAUAAACUUCAAUCGUUAUACAUGCUGUAAUACUGAAAGAUUUGUAACAAUUUAUAAAAAUAUCUGAGGAAGGAAGUACAGAGAGAUCAGAGCACACUUUGGGAAAGAUAAAUAUUUGAGCUUGCAUUAAAGGGGUCAUAUGGCGCGAAUACAUGUUUUUCUGUGUCUUUGGUGUGUUAUAAGUUGCCCCUGCAUGUUUUAGACACGUAAAAUUGCAAAAAGUAAAGUGUCGUAACAAAAGACUAUCUAAAAGUGAAUGCUCACCCAGACCUGCCUGAAACGUCACGUAUAACCACACCAAAUGUAUACGCAAGUGAGGUGAGCGUACCUGUCAGUACAGUUGCUUUGGAACCUGAUGAUCCAAAUAUGGUAUGAGGCGUUACAUAUCCGUCACACGCUUGCAGUAUUCAACCAAUCACUGCUCACUGGUUAACUGGCCAAUCACAGCACACCUCGCUUUUCAGAGCCAUGAACUUGGUAAAAAAUCUCUGUUUCAGACAUGCGAAGCAAAGAGGAAAAAAAAACAUGCACGGUAUGUGGAAAAUACUGCAUUUUUGAAGCUUAGAUCGUGUUUACACAUCUAAAAAAAAUUAUAAUAUUCGUUUUAGUCCUGUCAUAUGACCCCUUUAAAAAGAUUGUUAGAUUUGAAUUUGUUUUUACAUUUCAAACAGGAAAGACAUUAGAAGUCAGAAUUAAAAGUCAAACAUGAAGUUUACGUGUAGAACUGCUACACUCGUGAAAUUAAAAUGUAAAUGCUUGCUGCCUUUGUUACACUUGUUACACAUUUGUUUGACAAUGUGAAAAAUAUCUUACAUUUACAAGGAAAAAAUCUGUUCUUUUAGGUUAAUGAAUUAUUAUUACUUUACUAAUAUGUUUUACUAACAUUCAUUGCCCUCACAUAUGCCCUAAGUCUUAUAUACUGUAGGGUAUGACUGGUUUACAUUUGCUCAGUUUAGCAUGUAAUAAAGUUAACUGUACUGCAUUGCCCAAGCUAGAAUUACAUGUAUCGAUGUCAAUGAUGUGCAUUCUGUGUAUUCAGAAAAAAAGCGUUCUGUUGAAUGUCUGUGUUACAAAGUAGAUCUUUUAUAUAUAUAUACCUAAAAUAUUGUAUAUGUUGAUUUUUUUGCUCUCAACUAGUCUUCAUUGAUAAUAUUCAUUUGUCAACAUGUUUAUGAAAAUAUGAUGUCUAUGUUGAAUAUGCCCACGAAAGGACUAUGUUGUCGAUAAUAUUAAUAAAAAAUACUCUAAUUGUUUUUUACACA